CAAGAAAGUUACGUUCUGUUUAUGGAUAUUCUAGCUAAAUCGAUAGGAAACGCGAAACCCUUAUCGUGUAUACAAAGCAGCCUAUUAAUAGCAAGAAAAUGAAAACACUCAUCAGCUAGGAGCGAGAAAUGAACAUUGGAAUACAGAAAAGUACAAGAAGCGGAUGUUGAAUAGUGACCAGAUUUUUAGAUGAGGUUCAAGGAGCAGAAUAUUGACAAUCAAGACUUUGUACACGUGAACUUGACGAAUACUAUAAUAAGCCAACCAUGACAUAGUACAAUCUCAGUAGUUAGUAGGUAAGACGAGGAGAAUGGGGACAGAGGUGGACUGGCCGAGAGACAGGGGGUGGUCUUGGGUCGUACUAGUGGCAACAAUGGCCACGUGUUUCUUGGAGAUGGGGGUGUACAAAUCCUUCGGAAUCUACAUCAACGCUUACUUAGAGGAAUUCAACACCUCGGUGACGGUGGCUUCCCUCAUUUCCGGAAUUUUUUCCGUCACUUUUUGCUUCACAGCUUUGCCUUUGACUGCCUUUGGUACGGACAAGUUUGGAUGCCGCCCCCUUGUAAUGUUUGGAGGGUUUGCCCUGUUUCUGGGCUAUCUUUUGAGCAGCCUCGCCACUGGUAUUGGAGUUGUGAUGCUGGCUCAAGGAGUGAUAGGAGCCAUGGGUUCUGCCGCCAUUCAUUCACCAAGUAUCAUAAUUCUAGGAAGAUAUUUCGAUAAGAGGAGAGGGUUUGCGAAUGGAAUAGCGAUAGCUGCCGGCAGCUUGGGCGGGUUUGCCACUCCUAUAAUCUUUACCAAGUUAAUGGAAGAAUAUUCCAUCCGAGGUGCUCUCCUUCUGCAGUCGGCCAUCUUACUCAACAUAGUGCUUGCUGCUUCCUUUUUUCGUCCAACAGAACUCACUGCAAAGUUUGCAAAUUACGACAAAAUGAAAAACAAUAGAAAAAAAUUAAAUGGAAACGUUAAACCAGAAAUAAUCGACGAAGAAUUCUCAAACGGAUCUUUGUUGUUGGGAGAGACUCCUAAUGGCGUAGAACUAAACCAAGAAGGGAAUGGGUUUGUUUCUAAUUCUUUGAAUUCAAUUGAAAGGAUAUGCAUAAAAGAAAUCUCAACACCACGUUUGUCUCACCUCAGGAAAACUGCAGCGAAAGAGCACGACGACAGUGCGUCCACUGCGUCUCAGUUUAGUAGUGUCCACAGUUUGAUGUCGCCAUCCAUAGCUGACAUUCAUUUUGCAUCCAAAGUGGAGCAGGCAGACGACGAGAAAGAAUCCAGUAAAAAAUCGUGCACAAGUACGUUUUUCAAAAUAAUGGAUAUCAGGAUGUUGAAGAACAAGCUUGUGCUCCUUUUCACCUUCAUUUUCUGCUUUGGUUCGGUUGGGACCUGUCUUGGAAUAAUAUUUGUGGCGCCAUUAGCGCGUGACAAGAAUCUCACCAAAGAUGAAAUAGCAAUAACAACCGCGUUAGUCAGUGGGUCGGAGUUUAUUUUUCGAAUUGUUUUGGGAUUUGUUGCUGACAUGAAUAUUGUUGAGAGGUACCGCAUUGUGCAAGUUUCCCUUUUCGGAACCGGUGCUAUGCUAUUUUUGAUUCCUCUUCUGGAGUCCUUUUGGCAUUUUACUAUCUUCAGCGUUUUGUACGGUUUAUUCAGCGGACCACUGAUUUCUAUGUAUUCCCCUGUCUGUAUAGAUUUUGUAGGGAUAGAGCGAUUUCAUCGUGUCAUGGGUAUUUUAAUUUCAUUCCAAGGAAUUCUACUGGGUGCCAUUGGACCAGCUGCGCAUUAAGAGAUUUGUAUGGUUCUUACGUACAGGCAUACCAAUUGAUGGCAUCGGUGACAUUACUAGGUGCAACUCUGUUCUUUUUUGUUCCAUGCCUGCGAAAGCAGGUACCAACAACAGAAACUGUUAUAGAAUGAGAUACUAUAGUACAUGUAUUUAAAAUAAAAACGAUAAUAACGAA